AUGUAUGCAUCUACCAGGGAAACGAAUCAUGCCUCUAGGGCGCUGCGUUGGGUCCCGCCACUUCUGCGCCCGCGAAAAAAUGGGACUACCGUUGUUCACCAGCUGGUGCCAGUCCCGCAGAAGACGAAGCUUCUGUCAACAAUGGGCUGGCCUAAUAGAACCAAGGAAAACGCCCCAAAAGCCACAAUCCCGACUUCGACUUGCGAAGAAAGCGAGGAAGAUAAUGAUAAUGACGUGAAAGAUGUGAAGUGGGACUUAUUGUGUGAAUCAGAUUCCGGAGAUAAAAAUGCCGUGACGGUGUCGGUCCAUCCCACGACCGGCGGUCAGUUCACCAUCCAGGUCACGAUCACUGAUCCCGUUGAUACCUUGAAGAAAGUCGUCUCACACAAGCUCAAAGUUCCGAAGGAACGAAUUUGUCUUCUCUAUCGAGACCGCGAGCUCGUGGUUGGACUUGAAUGUCGAGGCCAGAGAACUCUUGGAGAAGAAGGGGAUUUAUUUUAUUGUCUCGGCGAUCACAUUCGUCGGGAAAUCUGCGACCGCGAGAGCUCUACAAGUGAUUACGAAUACGAGGACGAUGCUUUCAUACUCGUCGGGAUGAAAAGGUGUCACUUGGGUCUUGUCCUAGGAUAUGUCGGACAGCCGUGUACAUUGUAUUACAUCCGUACGGGUAGCAUGGACCAUUGCAAACCGAUGUUUCUGCACCCGUUUGCAGUCGAUGCCGCCCGAAUGGAAGACACGAUUCUUCGGUCCGCGGUCAAUUUCCCUCGAACGAGCCCCAAAAGCCCAAGAAUUCCGCUGCCCGGAAACCGUUAUUCGCCUGACGGCCGUCAACAAUCUCUUCCGGCGUUACCGUGA